AUGCCAACUGCUCGGGUCAAGUUGAAAAUCAAUCCCAUCAAUUCGAUUAUGUUGGUCUAUGCCGCGUUCAUGAUUGCCCCUGUUCAGGCCUUUUGGCGGCACUUGUGCUUUGGAGAGCUGGGAACCGGACGAGUCGAUCCGAUAAUGGCCCCUGGUGUACCCUCCAUCCACGCUCACGUUCUCUUCGGCGCCUCAAACUUGGGGCUCGACCCCACCAUUGACGACCUGUUGGACUCAAACUGCACGAGCUGUUCCAUUCUUCAAGACAAGUCUGUAUACUGGACUCCUCGCAUGUACUUCCAGCACCAGAAUGGCUCCUUCGAGUCUGUUGCUACCGUUGGCGGGAUGACUGUCUAUUAUUUCACUGAAGGUUCAGGUGAUGGCAACCCUACUGUUGCCUUCCCACAGAACUUUCGCAUGAUCGCAGGAGAUGCCUUGAAGCGCUCUUUUUAUGGUCCCAACCCUGAUCCACCCAUGUCCGAAUGGAAAGCCAGCGACAAGACCCAACAGGCUCUGACGGAGAAAGCCAUUGGCUUCAACUGCCUCCAUUACAGCGCUGGAACGAAUGAGGGUUCGAUAGAACAUCACGGCCUGCGAAACAAGACUUUCAUCGACUCUACCUGCACCGAUGGAAUCCGCGCUGAGCUGAUGUUCCCAUCUUGUUGGAACGGCCAAGAUCUCGACAGCAAUAACCACACUACCCAUGUCGCCUACCCUGAUCAGAUCAAGUAUGGCAAUUGCCCUGAAGGAUACCCUGUCAGACUACCCACACUUUUCUAUGAGACCAUCUACAACACACCUGCCUUCGAGGACCUCGAUGGCCAGUUUGUUUUUGCGAACGGUGAUCCCACCGGUUACGGCUAUCAUGGUGAUUUUAUUUGCGGCUGGGAAGAUGGUGUGUUACAGAGUGCCAUUGACAACCCAUAUUGUACCGGAACCCCAAGUGAACCAGGAUCUGGUCUCCAAGAAAGCUGUCCUAUCUUUGAGCUUCAGAGCAGCUACCUCGCCACACAGUGCAAGAUGGAAAUCCCAGAAGUUCUGCAAAACGAUUCCGUCAAGUUUGCCCCAAUCCUACCCGGCCAUGUAAAAAUUCAGGCUGGUCCUGAGCGCGCAGUAAUUGCUGGUCAUGCUGCUGCUUCAUCAAGCCAGAGCCUACAACCAACCCCUGCUCCUGGGUCUUCGUCGCUGGCGUGUCACACAUCAGCUCUAACAGCCCCUAUGACAUCAACUUCUUCUGGACAAGGACACGUGCAAGUUACAGACACGCCGAUCUCGCCCAAUUCCAAUCAAGUCAUCAGUACUACCACCAUCUACAUGAGUGAUGGUGUCGAGGUAGACAUGGUGCUGGUCGAGGAAAUUGUCACGGUCACGGCCGUGGAGAGUGUGCCGGCUGAUGAAGCCCGCAAGCGACAUUUACAUCGCCAUCGGUCCAACGGCUGA